CGUCCUCUCGGGGCCAGCGUGCGAACCCUCGAUGAUGUCAGCAUUUUUCUGUCCUCUGAUUGGUUGUUCAUAGCAAAACAAAAACGCACACAUUAAUACAUUUCAUACUCGGCAUCUCUGGUUUAAGAGAGGUUUACCACUUAGGUAUACGUGCUAAUUAAAUGACUUUUAAUGUGUUUGUUGUUGUUGUUGUUGUUUAAUGUCGCCGUUUGCUCGCGUGUUACUUUGAAAAUCCUGACCGGUAGUGUUGCUGUCGCCUAGUUUCCGUUAGCUGACGUCUUCCGUCGUUCGGAACCGGACCGACCGUCGCUGCUGUCAGUGGACGGCGGCUCCCUCCCUCCCCCAUGGACGCUACUCUCCUCUCCCCGCUGGAGCGAACCAGGAGCCCCGGCGGCCGCCGCCAGCCUUAGCCGAGCUGCGAGGCAUCUCUCCGGCCAUGGACGAGCAGGCGGGCCCCGCGGUGCUCCUCGGCUGCUUGUCCGGCGGGGGCGACGGAGAGGCGGCCCGGGCUCAGUACAGCAUCCCGGGCAUCCUUCACUUCCUCCAGCACGAGUGGACCCGCUACGAGGCGGACCGUUCCCAGUGGGACUUGGAGCGGUCGGAACUGCAGGCUCAAAUCGCCUUCCUGCAGGGAGAGCGGCGAGGUCAUGACAACCUCAAGAAAGACCUGGUCAGACGCAUCAAGAUGCUGGAGUACGCACUCAAACAGGAGAGAUCCAAACAUCACAAACUGAAGUACGGCACAGAGUUGAUCCAAGGAGACGUCAGAGCACCCAGUUACGAUUCAGAUGAGGCCAACGAGGUGGACACGCACACACCGCUAAACAGCAGCCAUCAGCUGAGCUGGAAGCAAGGACGACAGCUUCUUACACAGUACCUGGAGGAAGUGGGCUAUACGGACGCCAUCUUGGACGUGAAAUCUCAGUGUGUGCGAGCGUUGUUGGGCCUUAGCACAGAGGCCGAGGAGAUGCCACAGACGCGCUACCACGACAUUGUGGUGGACCGAGACCACGUGGUCAACAGUACCCAAGGGGGCGUGGCCAGCAGAGCUGACUCCUCCCACUCAGCUGCCAUCUUGGAGACCUUCAAGUUGAUCGAGGACGCCGCCGCCAACUUCAGCAGCGAGGACGAGGACAACGACAGCAGUGGCAACGGGCAAAACACGAGCAUCCUUGACAUGGUGAGGAGGAAACAAUCGCCUACUCCGUCAUCAACGACCUCCGACCUCAGUGACGACUCAGACACAGAGGAGGCCCUCAAGGGUUUCGACUUCCUGUCCAGCCACGAUACAGAUGGCGGAGAGGACGGCAGCCAAUGGGGCAAAGAGGCGGAGGUUGGGUGGGAUGUGGACGCGGGCGUGAUCGCACAGCUGAAGGAGGAGUACCGGCGGGAGCGUCGCGGCAAGAAGGGCGUCAAGCGCCCAAAUCGCUCCAAGCUCCAGGACAUGCUCGCUAACUUGCGCGACGCCGAGGAGUUCCCUGCUCUGCAGCCCCCUGCAACGCCCCCGGCCCGGCCCGCCCCCGCCACCAGACUCAACGAGCAGGAAAUGGACGAGGGCGCCGCCUUCCUGCCGGUACCAGGGAAGUCGUUAAUCGUGGGCCGCGUGGACGAGGCAGUCGCUAGUGAGCCGGGACUCGGAGAACUGGCUGGGCUGACGGUCGCCAACGAUACUGACGGCCUCACCUACCAGAUGGGCAGCAGUCAGGAUGCACUGAUGAAGACAUGGAACGCCAAGUUCACGCUGCGCAGCCAUUUUGACGCCCUGCGUGGCCUGGCCUUCCACCCGGUAGAGCCAGUCCUGGUCACUGCCUCCGACGAUGGCACCCUCAAACUGUGGAACCUCGACAAGACCACGCCCACCAAGAAGUGUGCAUCUGUGGACGUGGAGCCCAUCUACACAUUCCGAGCUCACAGUGGCGCCGUUCUUUGUCUCACAAUGAGCGGCAGCGGCGAGCAGUGCUUUAGUGGCGGCGUGGACGGAACCAUCCAGAGCUGGAAUGUGCCCAGCCACAACAGUGACCCCUAUGACUCCUAUGAGCUUUCGGUCCUGCGGGGGGCGCUCUGCGGACACGCGGACGCCGUGUGGAGCGUGGCCUAUAGCGCCGUCCACCAUCGCCUCCUCUCCUGCUCAGCCGACGGGACCGUACGUCUGUGGAAUGCCGCUGCCGUCUCGCCGUCUCUCGCCGUUUUCAACCAAAGAGGAGAACUGGGCAUUCCGACCUCUGUGGACGUGUCGAGCAGCGAGCCGGCUCACAUGGUCGCGUCCUUCUCCGGCGGCCAUGUUGGCGUGUUCAACAUGGAGACACAGCAGCUGGUCCUCAAGAUGGAGUCGACGGGACUGCCAGAUGCGUCUUGCCAAAUCAACAAAGUGCUGAGUCAUCCCACGCUGCCCAUCAGUAUCACAGCGCAGGAGGACCGACACAUACGAUUCUUUGACAAUAACACUGGCAAACUGGUGCACUCGAUGGUGGCGCACUUGGAUGCUGUGACCAGUCUCGCUGUGGAUCCAAACGGAAUUUACCUCUUGUCGGGAAGCCACGACUGCUCCGUGCGUCUGUGGAACAUGAACACCAAGACAUGCAUCCAGGAGUUGACGGCCCACCGUAAGAAGUUCGAUGAGUCCAUCCAGGACGUGGCCUUCCACCCCACCAAGUGCUACAUCGCCAGCGCAGGGGCCGACGCGUUGGCCAAGGUCUUCGUAUGACCCUCGUGACCUUGUCCAGACUCGGGCUGGCCCCGGUCCGCAAACAAAUGCGCACGACGACGACGAUGUGUGCCAUGUUCUACUUCCUGCAUUAUGACUCCCGAUUUAGUGAGUCGGCCAUUUUGUAGUGCUGGAAUGCGUUGUGAGUGCAGCGUCCCCUCCGCAUAUUCACCAUUUGCUGCUCGCAGAUUCACCUAAACAAGGAUUUUUUUUUCUGGAACCUACCUUCCAUUAGUAUUGCUUUGGGGCCAAAUUGUGGCAGCUUGGUGUGAAGGAACUAUGUAAAAGUGAGUUGAAAAGCUUAAUUUAGACUUUUGGCAUUUUGGUACCAAGGAACUACGUUGCAAUGAGUUGAGGAGCUUCAUUUAGACAAAAGUAGUGCUUUGUUGGCAUCUUGUGGCAACUUGGUGCCGAGUAACUGUUGAAGUGAGUUGAGGAGCUUCAUUUAGACAAAAGUAAUGCUUUGGUACCAUCUUGUGGCAGCAUGGUCCCAAGACAAAUGUUGAAGUGAGUUGAGGAGCUUCAUUUAAAUCAUCUUUUGGCAUCGUGGUACCCGUGUGUUGCUAAUACUAAUUAACUGUUGAUGCGUGUUUUGUAUUUUUAAGAUACAAGUAGAUCUUUUUUAAAUCCGUAAAAAAGUGAAGUUGUUCUCCUGGGUGAUUAUUAAUAACUUUAUUAUCGUUAUUAAUAUUAUUAUUGGUUUAGUGUGUUGAGUUGUAUAGAAACUGUGUACAGUGUAAAACAUGAACUUCAAUUUAUUUAUUAACCGGCUGUGAAGCUUUUGGCAACAAUUGAAGUGCGGAAAAGAACUUUUGUGUUUGCCAAUUUACAUAACAAAAGUUACAUACUUGCUGUCUUUAAGCACUGGCCUCAAACGCUGCAUUCCAAUGAGCCAUUUUCAGUAAAAAAAAAUAAAAAAUAAUUAUAUAUAUAUGAUUUGUUGCUUCAACUGGGAAAAACACAGCAUUCAUUUGUAAAUGAUGAAUAUUGUCCAUAAAUGUGUACAGGGAAAUCUGAUACCUUAGCGACAAUGUACAGUACAUACUCUUGUUUUUACAAUAAAGGAACAUUAGGUUAGCCUUAACCAUGUUAUUGUACACUUUUUAUGUACCUCUAGAGUCGGGCCCGACUGAUUAAUCGGCCAAUAUUAGUCAUUUUCAAAUUGGCCGAAAUCAGCCAAUUUUUGCAUAUCUAUAUAUAUAUAUAUAUAUAUAUAUAUAUACACACACACACACACACGUUUUUUUUUUGUUUUUUUUACACUAACACUUUACAACAAGAGACAAAAUAAUGACAUUCAAACAAACAAAAAAAUAUUGGCCAAUUUUUCUCAGUUGUAAAGUUAAACAAAUAUUAAAGGACAAAGUAUUGUAAAAGAGUCAAAUGUUCUGCCUGUAUUUCAUUUCUUUAUUGUUGUAAGCAUUAAGGGACCACAAAAAUGAGUUAUUGUAUUCAUUACACUGGACCCCUGCAUACUCGCGGUUCGGCAGCUGUGGAUUCAGCUACAGUAUUUGUCGACAUAUUUUGUUUUUUUCUUUUAUCUGUUUGGGGUGGUACAAACCUUUUUUUUUUUUUCCCCCUAAUGCAGUUGUAAUGGGCGUCAAUUACCCAUGGAUUUUCAC